CUGUCGACAGGUGGAACGGCAGGUGGGUUCAGGUGCCAGCCUGGCCCGGACCCGGCUGUGAGAUCGACGCUUCCGGUGAGCGACAGAGACAGCCACCAAGGUUCUGGAGGCCCGUGGGGCGGGCUUUGGGAUUUGAACCCGUCACCCUGGCCUGGAGUUCCUCCCUCUACCUAUUCCCUAUUCCCCUACCGAGCUGGGCAGUGAGCCGGUCCAUCCCGACUCCUGGAACCAUGUUUGCAGACUUGGAUUAUGACAUCGAAGAGGAUAAACUCGGAAUCCCUACUGUGCCCGGGAAGGUGACCCUGCAGAAGGAUGCUCAGAACCUCAUCGGGAUCAGCAUUGGAGGAGGGGCCCAGUACUGUCCCUGCCUCUAUAUCGUCCAGGUGUUUGACAGCACCCCGGCGGCCUUGGAUGGCACAGUGGCAGCUGGAGAUGAGAUCACCGGUGUCAAUGGCAGGUCCAUCAAGGGGAAGACCAAGGUGGAAGUGGCCAAGAUGAUUCAGGAGGUGAAGGGGGAGGUGACCAUCCACUACAACAAGCUGCAGGCAGACCCCAAACAGGGCAUGUCCCUGGACAUCGUGCUGAAGAAGGUGAAGCAUCGGCUGGUGGAGAACAUGAGCUCGGGAACCGCAGAUGCCCUGGGCCUGAGCCGGGCCAUCCUGUGCAAUGAUGGGCUUGUCAAGAGGUUGGAGGAGCUGGAGCGGACUGCCGAGCUGUACAAAGGGAUGACAGAGCAUACCAAGAACCUCCUCCGGGCCUUCUACGAGCUGUCCCAAACACACCGGGCCUUUGGGGACGUGUUCUCUGUGAUCGGGGUACGGGAGCCCCAGCCAGCCGCCAGUGAAGCGUUUGUGAAGUUUGCUGAUGCUCACCGUAGCAUUGAGAAGUUUGGCAUCCGACUGCUGAAAACCAUCAAGCCGAUGCUGACAGACCUGAACACGUACCUCAACAAAGCCAUCCCCGACACCCGCCUUACCAUCAAGAAGUACCUGGAUGUGAAAUUUGAGUACCUGUCCUACUGCCUGAAGGUGAAGGAGAUGGACGACGAGGAAUACAGCUGUGUGGCCCUCGGGGAACCCCUGUACCGAGUGAGCACAGGUAACUACGAAUACCGCCUGAUCCUGCGCUGCCGCCAGGAGGCCCGCGCCCGCUUCUCACAGAUGCGCAAGGAUGUGCUGGAGAAGAUGGAGCUACUGGAUCAGAAACACGUCCAGGACAUCGUCUUCCAGCUGCAGCGUCUCGUGUCCACCAUGUCCAAGUACUACAAUGACUGUUACGGCGUGCUGCGUGGCGCCGACGUCUUCCCCAUCGAGGUGGACCUGGCGCACACCACGCUGGCCUACGGCCCCGCACAGGAGGACUUCACCGAUGGGGAGGAUGAGAAUGAGGACGACGUCGACACAGCAGCUGGAGAGCUGUCCCGGAACACGCGAGGGGCUGCUGGGCCCCUGGACAAGGAUGGAAGCUGGGGUGGCUCCUGAGUGCCCCAUGGGGUGUGGCUCUGGGGGCAAGGGUGAGUGGGCGGAUAGGGGGCGUGGGACAGGGCUGCCGGACCACAGGGUGCCGCAUAAAGGCCUGCUGGCUUGGGUCGCCUGCCUCCCUGCUCCUCUGUCCUAGCACA